AUGAAGACUAUUUUGUCGAGGAGAAGUCGGCCGUGUCUGGCACCUUACUUGUUGCCUCAUGAUCGCGCGACGUGUAUGCAGCCGCGUUUUGCGGGAGGGCUGUCGUGGGAGUGUCCUCUGGCUUCGAGUACGCAUCAAUUUGACGGGGAACGUCGAGCUAACGGGAAACGUCGAGCUAACGGGGAGCGUCGAGCUAACGGGGAACGUCGAGCUAACGGGGAACGUCGAGUGUAUGCUGGUCUAGGUAGUACUUUGACUAAUUUCGCGGAGGGUGUGAUAGAGAGUGACGCGGUUGCAAACAAAAAGUUGCACGAGUUGUUGUCUGCGGAGGAGUGGGGAAGGGUGAAGAGUAUAACGAGAAAAGACUUGGAGAAUUGUCAGCUGGCUUACUUGGAGCUUGGAGCCAUCAUCUCGAUGUUUCUAGACGACCCAUUCGGAGAUGUGACGUUGGAGACGAAGGCGUGGCUAAGUCCGAUGUUAGGGAUGGAGAAGGGAGCGGUAGCCUGGAGACAUUGCGAUAGUAACUGGGUAACGGGCUGUCUUCUGCAGCGUUCCGCCGUCCCGACGGAUAAGCUGGUCAACUUUUGUGUGGACACGCUGCGGUAUGUGCCAGCUGUUUCCAGCAAGCUAAUCCCUGAGUUUGCGAAGCCGAUGGCCCGGCUCGGCCACAGCCAUGGGUGGACGCACAGGACUAUUUUAUUGAAAGUUUACAGGCGCACCGGUGCUUACUUCACGCCGUUUGCCAAAGCGGCGGACCGUAAGGCUCCUUUAUUUCCGGAGAACGAUGCGGCAAUGAAAUUAUCCAUGCUACUCAAGAGUGAUUGGGCACGACUGAACGAAAUGGACGACGAGGAUGUAGAGACAUGUAGCUUGGCCUAUUACGAGCUGGGCACUAUUGUGGAAAAGUAUAUACACGGUGCCUUUGGAACUGUAUGUUUCCGUGCUUUAGAUCAAGUGGCUCGAGCAAUGCGUCUUGGAGAACGAUCGCUGUUAGUUCGGGGCUGGAUUGCGGGAUGCAUCCUACAACACGCGAAGGUGCCUAUUCCCAUUCUCGCCCAGUUCUGCAUCGAUGACCUGAAUUACGAACCACCGUACUGCUGGAGUCUGGAGUGUCUGAAAGCUACGACUAAAUCUUGGCUCAAACGCAUCGGCAGCCAAAUCGAAGCACAAUACCAAAAGCGAUGGAGCAGCCACACCGAUCUAACUGCUCGUUUGUCAGCAUUGAAUAAGAGAUUGUCAAUCCCUCAAUAUAUCGCUCUUAAAUCUGACGGGAGAAACUUCUGUCUGAAACACUGCACUCUGCCGAGCACUACUGAAGUGCCCAUCGUAUCACAGGCCACGAGAAGUACAAAGGGGACACGAAUUCCAAAGGCGAAGCGAACCCUAGAGGUUGAAGAAGAAAACCUAUCUUGCAAGAGGAAAAAAAAGUCAUCCACACAUGUGGCUUCGGCCAUGGUGACCUCGACGACGGAAGAAAACGAAUUGAUGUAUUGCCACCCCAAUGAUCUGAUCGAAUUCCUGCACUGGGUUGAAUCAGGAAUGUACAAUCAUUCCACCCCCUAA